AUUCUUUAGUCUGUUGGCAACAAGUAAAACGAAAGAACAAGGAUUUGGGUAUACUGUAAUAUGCUGCGUACGGUUGUGCAAAAGACAACACGAUCACGGCCACUUAGAAUAACUGUUAAUUGACCUAUUUUGUUCUUACAUUUAAUAUUAUUAUGAUGGAAUAUAUAUGAUAGUACACGCUUUGAUAUUGACUAAUGAGUAAAAUUCAUGAAAAUUGGUUGAGAAAUUAGGAAGUUACGAGAUAAUGUUAGUGUCCGUGCAUUGUCUUUGGUGGGAACGUCACCCGUGCCAAUAUGGCCGCCACGUAGGCAAGUUGGUGAGCAGGCGGUUCUAGUUUUCGCUUCAUCUGUGGUAGAAAAGCGAAGUUUGUCAAACACUCCCAGGAAAAUUCAACGCAGCGGACAAAAUUCAAAGUAGAUUAGAUGAACAGUUCCGGGGUUGAUAUUUUUUAAAAGAAAGGCGUGAAUUUUGGACGGAUUCAGACCACAGAGGUAAAGACUCUGAGCUCUCAUGGGCGUCCAUGGUCUUACUACCUUUGUGGAAGGAAACAGACAUUUCCUCUAUAAUGUCCGAUUCAGAGGCAGCCGCCUGGUUGUUGACGGCAGCAGUUUGUAUUUCAAUCUCUACUUGAAACACGGCUUGGAUAGACAACAUGGAGGAGACUAUGAUGCCUUUGCAUCCCUUGUCCAUGAGUUCUUCGCUGCCCUGGAGGUCUGUGGUAUUGAGCCAUACGUGGUUCUGGAUGGAGGAAGUGACCCCAGCAACAAGAAGUUUGACACUUUGCAGCAGCGUCUGCAGUCCAGAAUAAAGGAAGCAGAGAAUAUGUCACAAGGGCGCAAUGGCUCAGUUCUCCCCAUCCUUACGAGGCAGGUCUUUAUUGAGGUCCUCAUUCGGGAGGGGGUCUCCCUGGUCCAGUGUCUUGCUGAGGCUGACUGGGACAUUGCCUGUUUGGCCCACGAAUGGAGGUGCCCAGUGUUGAGCAACGACAGUGAUUUUUUCAUUUUUGACCUGCCAGGUGGAUACCUGCCACUCAAUUUUUUCCAGUGGACCAACGUUAAUGAGAGGCUCCCUCACCCCUACAUCCCUGCUCGGUGCUACACCACUGACGGUCUCUGCCAUUUCUAUGGGGGAAUGAAUCCAGAAUUACUGCCGCUCUGUGCUGUCUUGACUGGUAAUGACUACGGCGCUCCAUCAGAGGCUGAAAGACUCCUCUCUCUGAUAGACCGGAGAACCGGCAGCCAUAAAUCACCCUCUUCCCGGAUUGAUGUCCUGCUUCAGUGGCUGUCCUCUUUUUCAAGUUCAGCGGAGGCCCUGGCGGAAGUGAGAAGGCUCAUGAGAGAAAACGGUGGCAGGAAUAAGAAACAUGGCCUUAGUUCAAAGCUGCAAGCAGCUAUGAAGGAGUACCACGUCCCCCCUCAAAGCCCCUUGAAUUGUUGGUUCGCUGACAACAUGGUUCCGGAAGAGUAUCGGUUAACAUUACCCCAGUGCUUGUCAGGGGCCGCAGUACAAGGGUGUUUGACCCCCAUGGUGGUUGAUGCUUUGGUUAUGCGCCGAGUGCUGCUCAAUGCACAGGUGGAGAAUAGCAGGCAGCAAAGUAGCCAUUGUUGCGCCAGAGCUAUACGCCAGGCUAUAUACGGGAUAUUACUGCUUGAUGGGAGGCAAGGGGGUCCUGUCAGAUCACAGCAGGUGAGAGUACAAGACAGUUUUACCCAGAGAGGUGGAGGGGGGAAAACGCAGAGUGAAUUUCAAUUUCCUCAGCAGAGCGGAUAUGAGCGAUUUAGCGACGAUCAAGGCGCCGUCGCAGCUGCCCAGCAAGUCUCCAGCGCCCCCGUAUGGGUGGAGGAGUUUGAUCGGCUUAAUCUAACCCUGAGGAGAAACCAAGUGAAGCCACAGCGGUUAAAAUUGCAUUUACACGUGGAUACCCUCAGCAAGGUCCCUGAGACACAUCGCCGUCAAGCCCUUUUUGAAGUCUUACGGGUGGAUCUCUCUGCUUUGGCUCAUCUUCCGGACAGCAUGUGGCUACCUGUUGCAGUGACAAGCUUCUGGCUGCAGGAGGCUGUACCAAGACCUUCAGAUUUUCACCUCCAGGCCUUGGUUCUGGGAAUGGCUUAUGGAGAGCUCGUUUUGAUCGAACAAACUGGAACUGUAGACUACCAAAUUCCUAUCCCAAAGCGUAGGUGGUUUGAAGAGCGCCGUUUGAUUGGUCAGCUGGAUGAAAUACGUGCGAGGUCUUUGAGACAUCGCUUGGAUGUCGCAGGGGCUCACAGUUUCAGCCAAUGGCAGUCCUGCCUCUGGAGCGCCAAGUCUCUGAAUCAGCUAUUGUUGCUCCCAGAAAUCAGCAUCUCACAUUUGUUCAACGGUUCCAUGGUGCACGGCAUUCUCCACUACCUAAAAAACAACGGAGCAGUAGAGCAUAUGCUGCCUGACUUUUCUUUCGCCCUGUACUCCAUGCUGCUACAUGCCGUGGAGAACUGCAGCCUCAAGCCUCAGCCUUUCUCAGGGGAAGCAUCGAGGGGACGAGGAGGUGAGCGGGGAAGAAGAGGAAGAGGAGGACAGAGGAGAGGGAGGGGACCAAGAAGGAGAGGGAAUGAGGAGAUAAGGAACCGCUUUGCUGUUUUAGAGAUCAAUGAUUAGGAUAAGUACUCUUUUGGACCAAAUGUAAGGGAGCAUAUUUCAUAGACUUGAAGCAAUUCUCUAUGAUCAUAGUGCACUCAUUUUCCUUUAGUUCCACUUGUGCCUUUGAAAACUUUUGCUGUCAUUUCAAACUGUUCAAAACGCAUACGGUAUUAUCAAAAUUUGUUCUUAAUUUUCUUUAUUGGUGUUUUAGGUAAUGGAUUUUAUCAUUCUUACAUCAAGUGUUUACACUGUCAUUUGGCAUUUUGCAAUAAGACACUUUAAAUAAAGGAACUUUUUAUAUUGA